AUGGACCCCGAGGUCAAGAUCGAGCAAGAAGCCCUGACGGCCGAUUUCCCGCUAUUCCCUGGUUUUUACGACCACGACCAGGAUGCUGAAGGCCAAGAAGAGUUUGCUACCGUGGCUGAUUCGCUAUCCUUGAAGGGUCAGGUGUGGCCAGGAAUGGGCAAGAUGGAUCUUGCCAAUGAUGAGAUGAGACGCACUCGCAACCAGCGUAAGCCCAAGUCUGUCAUCGACAAGAUGAAGAGGGCUUCUGAGGGCAUUGUGCCAAAUCAAGUCAUCAUGACGCCUGACUUCAAGGUAGAAAGGGUGAAGGAUGUUUACGACGACAGCUCAUCCCCUAUCCCGGGUCAAGAGGAAUCGACUCCACCACGCAAAGUUCCAAAGCCAAGGCGCAAGAAGGCCACGCCUCUUGCUGAAGUUUCGGCCAAUGUCCCCAAACAGCGACGAAACACUGCCCGCGGUCUGAAGUCUAACACGGGAAAGAGGGCUGAAGUCAAGCCAACGAUUGACGGCCAGGACGACUCUGGUAUAGCAACCUCGCCAUUCCACUUUCGACAUGGCCACGAUGUUUUUCGUGAUGACGAUGAGCACCUAGAAGGUUUGAUCUACGUGAUCGACAUGUAA